AGCUCAAGCGCAAGCGUCAGCUCUCUCUCUCUCCACCCCAAUCUUCCGUCGACCAUGGACCGUGACUCCCUUGUGUUCCUCGCCAAGCUGGCCGAGCAGGCCGAGCGCUACGACGAGAUGGUGGACCACAUGAAGGCCGUGGCCAACAACCACAACGUGGAGCUCACCGUGGAGGAGCGCAACCUGCUGUCGGUGGCCUACAAGAACGUGAUCGGCUCGCGCCGCGCGUCGUGGCGCGUGAUCUCGUCCAUCGAGAACAAGGGCGACUCGGAGCGCAGCGAGCACAUCAAGGCCUACCGCCAGAAGAUCGAGGGCGAACUCGUGGACAUCUGUAACGACAUCCUGACCAUCAUCGAGAACAACCUGAUCCCCAACUCGUCCAGCGAGGAGGGCAAGGUCUUCUACUACAAGAUGAAGGGCGACUACCACCGCUACCUGGCCGAGUUCCAGGUGGACGACGAGCGCAAGGAGUCGUCGGACAAGGCCCUGGAGAGCUACAAGCAGGCCUCGACCAUAGCCAUGGCCGAGCUGCCCCCCACGCACCCCAUCCGCCUGGGUCUGGCCCUCAACUUCUCGGUCUUCUACUACGAGAUCCUGAACUCGCCCGACCGCGCCUGCAACCUGGCCAAGCAGGCCUUCGACGACGCCAUCGCCGAGCUCGACACCCUCUCGGAGGAGAGCUACAAGGACAGCACGCUGAUCAUGCAGCUGCUGCGCGACAACCUGACGCUCUGGACCUCGGACCAGGAGCCCGACAACGCCGACGCCAACCAGGGCGACAUGAACGUGCAGGACGUGGAGUAAGCGCUCCCGUCCCGCCAUCGCAAGCCUUAGGCGAGCUAGCUAAGCUGGUGCGCGUGGCGGGGCGACGGGCCGAAGGAGACGCGGACGCAGCCGAGCGCGGGGGACCGAGAGGCCGCAGCUAUUUUGUUGGCCUCCUCCCCCGCUGCUCUUAGGUCGCUGUGGCCGCCAGCUCUGAGCCCUGCAGCGCGCCAGCCGUCCAGUGCUUAAUAUUGGUAGAUAGAACCCACAAAAGAACUGUCUUCCCUGUUUCAAA